UUUUUGAACAAUAAUUUAUACUGUCUUUUUUUGCUGUUUCGUCUUUUAUUGCAUCCCAAAGAUCUUGUGUCAAGUUGUUUAAGGUGUUUCACUAUCUGCGCUUCCUCUUCUGCUCAAGAUUCACAGUCUUCACCAGUUGUCUGGAGCGAACGACGCUCGUUCUGCGCAUCCACUGAACACACCGCGAUCUCUGCACAGUCAUGGCGUUUGACGAGCGGAGUUCGCCGUUCCCCUUUUGCCAGCGGUGAUCCCAGUCUGGGGCUUCCCGUAUUCGCGGGAGCCAUCCCGGCGCUCUCCUCGCCCUAUCUGAAUUUUGAUCCCGCGGUCCUCCAGGAGGGUCCGCAGUACAUCUUCCCCGAGGGAGCUGCGAACAAGCGGGGACGCUUUGAGCUGGCUUUCUCGCAGAUCGGCGGAUCGGUUAUGACAGGCGCCCUCAUCGGCGGCACUUCGGGCAUCUACACCGGACUGCGCGACACCUCCGUGGCGGGAUUGACGGGCGGAGCCCGGCGUGCUCAGAUCCUGAAUUAUGUGUCCAAACGGGGAGCCUCCUACGCCAACGGCCUGGGCGUUCUCGCGGUGAUGUAUUCGGGAUUCGGCGUGAUCAUCUCCAAACUGCGCGGCACCGACGACGAACUGAACACGCUGAUGGCCGGCACCGCCACCGGACUUUUAUACAAAUCUACCGCCGGACUGCGACGUUGCGCGAUGGGCGGGGCCGGCGGAUUGGCCGUGGCGGCCGCCUACUGCCUGCUGACCAGUGGCGAGCGUGUACGACAGAUUGUCGGCCUGUCAUGAAUCUGAAUUGCCCUGCUAAUGCUGUUUGACCGAUGCGCUGGGUCCUUUUACUGAUUCUUGUUUUAUUGGUUGAUUUUUCCUAUGCGUGUCCUAUUUGACAGAAUCGUUAAUUUGGCAGUUAUUGUGGAAUGGGAAGGGGUUCCUAUGUUUGCGUGCGUGCUGACGAAUGAUAAAAUACGGUGUGGAUAAUUUGGGAGAAAUAAUAAAGACCCCGAUU